AUGUCGGCCAACUAUUGGGAAUCAACUCAGAGGCGUCACUGGCAAUUCACCAAGGAGCAGCUGGACUCGACUCGCCAGAAACUUGAGGAGGAAAAUGCCGAGCUCGUUCGCAUGUUCCCCUUGCCCCAGAUCAGGCAUCUCUAUAUCUACUUCAAUCAACAGAUUAUCAAGCUCAGCAAGAAGAUAUCGGUCCGGCAACAAUGUAUCGCAACUGCUCAAGUCUACCUCAAGCGUUUUUACUCCAAGGUCGAGAUCCGCCGGACAAACCCAUACCUCGUUGUCACGACAGCCGUCUACCUUGCCUGUAAGAUGGAAGAAGCUCCGCAACACAUCCGAAUGAUUGUCACCGAGGCGCGAGCAUUAUGGUCUGAAUUCAUCAGUCUGGACACCUCCAAGGUCGGCGAGUGCGAGUUCUUUCUUAUCAGCGAAAUGAGCUCCCAGCUACUCAUCCACCAGCCAUAUCGAACCCUGACAUCUCUCAGGAGCGAGUUGUCCAUGACAGAUGAAGAUGCGACGCUGGCGAAGUCUGUCAUUAACGACUCCUACAUGACGGACCUGCCCCUUACAACAAGUCCACACAUUAUUGGUCUCGUCGCAAUCCUCCUGGCACUGGUGCUGCGUCCCAGCCCAGGCAUGCCCGGACAGAAUAAUGGUGCUGCCGUAGGUUCUGAGGUUAUUAAGGAUAAGCCUCAGGACACGCGGAUCUCUCGGUUGCAGCAGUUCGCCUCCUGGUUGUCGGAUAGCCGGGUAGACAUCACAGCCAUGGUGGACGCCACGCAAGAGAUCAUAUCCUUCUACGAAUGCCAUGAACAUUAUCAAGAUAAGUUGACUAAGGAGCAAAUUAAUCGGUUUGUCAAGGCUCGUGGCCUGGACAAAUGA